AUCACACCAAAGGCUCUCAUUUUUACACCUAAAACAUCACCCCUUCAUACACUACAAAACCAAACCCAAAGUAACACCUUGGUUUUUCAAAAGAAUCUAAACAAAGAAUUUCCUAGACCACAACACAACAUUAACUUCCUCUUUUUUAUUUGUGUGUUAGAGCGUAACUUGGGCAAAGGAAAUGGCAAUGGCAACUUCUACAAUCCCCGGGACCGGGUUCAAAGUACCUUCAUUCGCCUCCGGUGAGAAUUACGCCAUGCUAAUGAAAUCGGUCUCGGUUCAAGCUCUAGUCCCCAGCCGGCCAACCCGAGCUCAGCCCAUGAUGAAGAAUGUUAAUGAAGGGAAAGGUAUUUUUGCUCCUCUUGUGGUUGUGACUAGGAACAUAGUUGGCAAGAAGAGGUUCAAUCAACUUAGAGGCAAAGCUAUUGCUCUUCAUUCACAGGUUAUCACAGAGUUUUGCAAGUCAAUAGGAGCAGAUUCCAAGCAAAGACAAGGUUUAAUUCGAUUGGCAAAGAAGAAUGGAGAAAGAUUGGGAUUUCUUGCAUGAUUAUAUUGAAGAUUGUAUCAACCUUUGUAAUGAAAAUUUGUUUAGAUAUUGUCAUUUGGGCAUGUUGAGACCUUUGUGUAAAAGCUUAUAUACAUUUCAUGGUAUAGAUGUAUUUUGUAGAAUUAAUAGUUGGAAUUUUUAUAUUGCUUUUGCCAA